AUGUUCAAUAAAUCUUCCGACAUCCAAACUCUUUUAGAAGAGUUAUCGGCCAAGGAAGAAGCUAGGUCUAUCGAAGUGAAGCAGAAAUAUGAUAUUUUAUCGCAAAAACUUACAGAACAGAACAUGGAAAUUCCGAGUUUAAACUCAGAAAUCACGAUAGGUGAUGAGCUCACCUUGAAAUGCAUGACUGCCAAGAAGAAAACUACAGUUAUUCGUACUUCUGGAACAAUCGACGAUUUUAUUGGAAAUGUUAAGAUUGGCUAUGGAUCGGAAUGCCCUCAUAAAUCGAGUAUUCAAGUCGGAUAUAGAGAUGACUCAGGAAGAAUUGUUUAUUUGCGUACUACCCAAGACUUAACUUAUUUAUACAAAUGGUAUUUCGCACAAGAACCUUCAUCAGUUCCUGUUGUAAUACUUUCAGAAGAAGAGACCGAACUCUUCAAGAAGUUCAAUUUUAGGAGAGAGUCCCUAAAUAAGGAUGGACAAAGCGCUAUCUUCAGAUGUGAAGCGGGAGGCCCAGACAAGCCUCUUAUAUUAAUAGCAAUUCCUAAUCUCAACUAUAAUGAUGGAAAGAAGUUCCUGGAUGGAAUUUUCCAAAAAGUUUCAACAAUUAUGUUUGUCGACGAGGCUGAAGAUAUGAUUACAGUUGAUUCUCAAGAAUCAUGGGACUACUUCAUGGAGACCGGUAUGGCUAUGACCAAGACUGGAAAUUAUCCGCUUCUUAUUUUACAAACUGCGUAA